GUCCUGCAGCUCAGCUCGCUGCCUGCUCUGUGGCUGUGCUCCCACAGCUCCUGGGAGGAAUGGAUAUGAACUUAGUCGCUGUUUUGGUUGUUCUAGCAGUCACGGUCAGUCAGACGUCUGAGACUUUGUUUCCUGGGGCCUUUAACUGUUGCACAAAGAUUACAGAAGAAAUUCCCAAAGGAAUUCUCCGAAGAGUGGAGAGGUUUGAAAUCCAGACAGCUGAUGGCCUGUGUCACCUAGAAGCUGUUAUCCUCUAUAUAGAAGGCAAAAAGUUCUGUGUGAGUCCACGGAUUAAAAAAGUUAAAAAAUGGAUGAAGAAGAUGAAGCACAAGAUUCACAGAAGAAAACUUCAUGUUAGAAAGCAGAGAAGAACGAGGAUUACUAAAAAGAAAGGACAGAAACAGUAGCAUGAUGAAGCAAGCCCCGUGAUGAAGAUACCUGUGGCAUACGGCACUGUGAACAGAGAUACCAGAUUUCAUCAACGAUGGAUGAUUGUAGCAUUAAAAUGACUUUCUAAAUGUCUAUGUGCUAGAGAAAGCAGAGGCAGAAAACAUCACUUGUACUCAGAACAAUGCUGAUCAGAUUACCAGACAAAUGACAAAGGCAAUGUCUUGUAGCAAGUCUCUGCACCUCCUAGAUCUAUUGGCAGAUUUAAAUUCUCCUCUCUCUCACUCUGCUUUCAUGGAAACCUCCCCUAUGAUUUCUAUUUUAACAUGGUAGUAUGCUGUUCCUUCUUAUUCCUCCAUUUUUUCCAGUCCUAUCCCAAAAAUAGUUAUUCUUCCCUGUCAUCUUUGUGCUGUUA